CCGUCAUUUUCUUCAUCUCUUUUCCGGUUCUCCCUCUCGUUGGCACUGGUCUCAGUCUCCUCCUCUCAUGGCUUUGGAUCGAAACCCUAAUCGGUGCUGAAACGCUAACCCUUAGCAAGGAUCGCGAUCGGAGAAGGAGGAAGAGAUGUGAUUUUCGGGAAGGAACUCCAAGCGCUUGCGGAGGCUUCAGCGGCCGUUAAUCGCCUCUGUUUUGGAAUUUUUCUAUGGUUUAUGGGCCGGAGAUCGCGCACAUGAAAGAUCCGUUGGAUAGGACGAAGGUCGUGCUCCGGCGCUUGCCGCCGGCGAUCUCUCAGGCGACGCUGAUGGAGGAGAUCGACGGCAGGUUCGCUGGCCGGUACAAGUGGUUCUGCUUUCGCCCGGGGAAGAACAGCUGCAGCCAGAAGAAUCAGCAUCAUUCUCGAGCCUACAUCGAUUUCAAGAGGCCGGAAGAUGUGGUCGAAUUUGCUGAAUUCUUUGAUGGACACGUAUUUGUCAACAAAAAGGGUUCUCAAUUUAAAGUUCAUGUUGAAUAUGCACCAUCACAGCGCAUUCCAAAGACUUGGUCUAAGAAGGAUGUCCGCGAAGGAACUAUAAUUAAGGAUCCUGAAUAUCUGGAGUUCCUUGAGCAUCUUGCAAAGCCUGCUGAGUAUCUUCCUAGUGCUGAAAUUCAGCUGGAGAGGAGGGAGGCAGAAAGAGCUGGUGGACAGAAGGAUAUGGUCAUAGUGACACCUUUGAUGGAAUUUGUGCGGCAAAAAAGAGUUGCUAAGAGUGGAUCUCAGAGAUAUUCUAAUGGGAAACUUAGUAGAAGAUCUGGAGGAGCUUCUUCUAGUGGCUCAAAACCUUCUUCCAGACGAAGCUCUGAGAAGCGACGGGUCUCUACACCAAUGUUUGUUUUAAGGGACAGUACAAUGAAUAUCAGUGGGAAGGACAAACCAACAUAUAUAUUAGUAUCUAGAAAAGAUGAUCAGCAGCUGCUAGAUAAAUCUAUUGGUGUAGCUUCAGCAAGUUCAAUAAAAGUAUUAGAAGAAGAAAAGGGUGUUGAAGCUGGAAAGAAAAGAAUCUUGCUUUUGAAAGCAAAAGAGAGAGAAGACACUCAUGUAUCUGGUGGUUCGUCACGGCAGCAGAAUGUGAGUUCAGUGAAAAAGUCUGGUUCAUAUGCUUUUGAACAGAAUCAGCGACAUGAGGCUCGUGGAAGAAUUAUAGGGAGCAUUCUGUCUAACAAGGAUAGCUGUCAGUCUUAUGUGACUGCAUCCCAGUCUGAGCAGCAGACUCCAACAGUGAACCUGGAUAAAGACAAGCAUCCACCUCGUCCUCCGAAUAUGUGCUCGAUGCUGAAGAAUCACAUUUCUAGCAAGCCGCCACUUGCUUCCAUUUAUGAUAAUGAAGGCAAAAAUUCCCUAGAUGAUAAGGUUGCUGGAAAUAAUCUCAAUGGUCUUGUAUCCACUAGUGAAAAACAUGAUAGACGCACAAGAAACAAAGACAGACCUGAUCGUGCUGUUUGGGCUCCUCUUCGUUGUUCAGAUGGAUCACAUGCUAGUGAUGAAACCCUUUCUUCCUCUGCUGUACCUGCACAGAGGUCCUCAUCCUCAUGUUCGUCAGAAAGCAUCUCUCUUUCUCAACAAGUGGCUAGAGUAAAAGCUGGAGAUGAUGAUGUUGCUUGUUUAGGAUGUCUUAAUAAUUCAUCUGCUGGCUAUGACAUACCAACAAGUCUUGGAGAAAUAAAAGCGCAUGUGUCUAAUGCAAACCAAACUGCAGAAGUUAAAACUCUUGGAGGCUCCCAUAGAUAUAUUGGGCGCCGUGGACCUGUGCAUGGUGUGAAGGAAGUUGAUGCUUCUCUGAAUUAUCAUGAGGGAAAGCCUUCUAAGAGAGGAGGUCCUGCUGGGUAUGGUUCCCAUGAGAGACAAGUGUGGGUGCAGAAGUCAGGUUCUGGUACAUAAUUUUUUGAAUGCUUUUGUGAAACUGUGAGGAGCAGUUGGUUUGGGGCUGUUUUUGCCUCUUAACAAUCUGGAUCUCAAAACAAGCCAUAACAGUAAACCCAUAUUGGGUUGACGUUUGAUAUAUGCUGGUGCUAUAUUCUUCCAUUUUCUAAUCACAGGAGCCGGUGAAUCAAAAACAGCACAUUAGUUUGUUACUAGCAGAUGACUGGAGUACCUAUUAUUGCUUUGCAAAUCCAAAGAAGGGUUUUCGUUGAUGGGAUCUUAAACUUUCCAGGGUUACUGGACCCAGGUGACAGCAAUUGUGGUUUUUGACCAAUGCCUCAUAUUUCAAUGGAGGUGAUGGAAUACAUGCAAAGCUAUAUAGCUCUGGAGCUUUUAGCUGCUUCUCCAAGAGCUUCAUUAGGGAGCCAGGGAUGUUCGAUGAGUGAUGUAAGAUAGAGAGAGAUUGCUCAGUUGUUCUCUCAUGAAUUUGCUGGGUAUACAUAGAAUUUUGUGUCUAGGUCAUUGGCUCAAGGUUCAUGACUGAAUAUACUAAGGAAAAAAUGGGGAGUGCUGCUUUUCAUCCAUUGUCCAUAUAGAUCUUAAAGACUGAGAAGCCAUAUAUGAGUUAGCUGGGAACUUCUUAGUAGAGAAAAUAAGAGCUUGUUCUGUAGUGGACUUGGGGUUCCGAUCAUCUGCAUCAAUAUACUGAGGUGGCUGCCCGCAUGUCAAUGAUCUGGCUUCGAAGAGUGGGAGGUUGAUUGAGAGCUAACAGGUUCCUGAUUGGUCUCUGUUAUCUGGAUGAACUAUUUGCAUUGCCUCAGUGAUAUAUUUAGCCGAUUUUCAGGUGUUGCUGUAUAUCUUUUCCAGCAGAUCCUGGUGUCUUUGAUGAGUAUUGUGUGUGUUUUGGUGUACGGUGUUUACAAAAUGGUUUCCGAUCCAUAUUAAAUGCUCCUACGAGGUGUGGCCUGGGCUACUUCUAAAUGCAUGCCCAUCCUGACAUAAUGCCAAAUGCAUGUUUGUAGUUCUGUUGUUUGAUGAUUACUCUUAUUUCCUGGAGUUCUCUGUAUAUUGGUGUGCUGUGUUUACAAAAUGGUUUCAAAUCAUAUCAAAUGCUCUUUUGACAUGGGGCUUGAGCUACUUCUAAAUGAAUUCUCAUCCUGACACAAUCCCAAA